GACUUGCCCCUUUGGCCUCUGUGUUCGUACUUCGCUCGGCAGAAACCUCUUGCUCCAGGGGGCGAACGCGCCGCCGCCUCCGACAGCCCCCUCCAGCCGCGUCAAAUCAGCGCCCUCCUCUGCUGCGCCGGCGGUCUCCCGCCGCAAAGACGAAGCCCCGCACUCCCUUAUCGCAGAUCCGUGCCCGCCGCCAUGACGGAGUAUUGGGUGAGCCAAGGAAACAAAUGGUGCGACUUCUGUAAGAUUUAUAUAGCAAACAAUUCCUUCAGCAUCAGGACACAUGAACUUGGUAAGCGCCACAAGGACAAUGUCACCAAACGACUGUCAACAAUGCAAAAAGAGAGUGAGACAAAGGAAAAGGAACAGCAGCAAGCUGCACGAGCCCUACAGCAGAUAGAAGCAAAAGCUAAAAAGAGUUAUCAAAAAGAUUUAGAGAAUAACCAGAGGAAUGUUGAUGGAGACACUUCUGCAGCACCUGGAGAUGGAUGGGUGCUUGACUCGGCGUCAGGAUAUUACCAUGACAAAUCUACUGGACUUUACUACGAUUCAAACUCUGGCUUCUAUUAUUCUGACAGUUUAGGCAAGUGGGUUACCCAAGAAGAGGCGUACAAGUCUGUGCAAGCUUCGAAAUCAGACGCUGGCCAAUCCUCAGCUUCACAAACAAAAGCUCCUGCUGCCGCAGAAACAGCUGUCCCCGCGAUUAAAGGAGGUGCAGCUCCAGGCCGGGUGGUAACGAAACCGUUGAACCCAAUGAGACCGAUUAAGGGCACUCCUGCUCCGUCUGCUGUUGCUGUUAACAAGAGGAAGAGGGAUGACGGCAAGCCCAAGGCGGUCUCCAAGGAGGAGGAAGCGGCCCUCAAAGCGCGGGAAGCAGCAAGGAAGAGAGUGGAGGAUAGAGAGAAGCCGCUGAUGGGAUUAUACAAGACGUACUGAUAUCUUGUCCUUGCCAGACUGCUACUACUCUUCCUCCAUGCAUACGGGUUUGCCAAUUACAGUGUGAUGUUGUAAAAUAAAUUUUUUUAAAAAAUCUAACCGAACGCAUCAUUCGCAGAAGGAAUGCCGGUAAUGGUGUGGCACUGGAUUUCAGAGCUUUUCUGCAUCAGCAAUGUGUGUCCACACGGUGUAAUACCUCAUCAGUGGUUCUUGAGUGAAUCAAGUUCCAAUUUGAAUCUUGUACAAGGAUAUGUUCAUUGUUUUUUUUACGCGGAUGGAGUGUCGUACUCGUACCAUAUCAUAUACUGCGAAAUGAGGAUGUGGUGACCGUUCUCGA